AAUGUCAGAAGACAUAUUCUACCGUCGCCAAGUGUCCCGACAACACCUGGAAGUGCUAGCUCAGUACAUGGAGAGAUACCCUCCGCUCGCACUCGCCAGCGCUCGCUCCAGGGAGGGACAUGUGCAGUCUAAGAGGAUGUGGGAAAAGAUUGCACGGACACUGAACAGGAUUGAUGAGGGUGUUACGAAGAGUGGGAAGAGUUGGGCUAGGUACUGGAUAGACCUAAAAUUCAAGAUCCGUCGCAAGUAUGCAGUGAUACAGAAGUGUCUCUCAGAAGGGACGCACUGCACCAUACACCUGAACCCCCUGGAGGAGAGGAUAGUCAAGAUCCUCACCGAUGAGGAGGGGAACCUGCUGCCCACUGCGUCCGUGUACCAUCAGAUGAAGAGUUACCAUCCGCUGCAUUAUUUGAAGACAAAUGGGCAUAACAACCUAAACAUAAAACAAAUAACAGAAUCCAACACGAAAAUCGACGACACAGGAGGCAUAGAAUCCGAAGACGAGUGUCAGGAUGACUUCCUAACCACCUCACCCACAGAACACAUAGUUUUGCCUCAACCGGACAUCAAACCCAACAUAGCCAGCAUGAAGCAAGACAUCACAGACCCCAUUCUCAUACCAGAAGAGAAGAAGUCUAUAGAAGAGUUGAGAAGAGAGUUAGUAGAGUUCGAGUUGAGAAAGCAGAAAGAGUUAUUUGAAAUGGAGAAGCAGUUUAAGAGAGAGAAACAUGAGAUGGAGAUGGAGAUUCUGAGGGUUAAGAAACAGCUGAUGAUGAAAGAGUUGAAGAAGUUAUAGCCUUGAAGGUAGACAGGGAACUGUCUACUGGGAAAUAUAGCUGUUUUUUGUUUUGCGCAAAGUCUGGUGUAGUAUGAUGUUUGCGCAAAACUUUUGUGAUUGUUGCGCAAAAAAUAUUCUUCGCAAUUAUUGCGCAACAAUUUUGUGUAGUAUGGUGUUUGCGCAAAACUUCCAUGAUAGUUGCGCAAAUAGGUUAUAUGCUUUACAAUAAUUGCGCAAAAGAUCUUUAUAAUUUUGCGCAAUGUUUGCGCAAACCGUGUUGGUGAUGAUGUUAUAGAAAUGAAUCAGAGCAAUAUCCAUAGACAUGUUUGCGAAAUGAGUUUUCGUUUCACGCAAUAUUUUGUAAAACUCGAAAUAUCUACAUUAUGUAUGUAUUCUAGUUUUUUUAUUGUUAUUGCUUUGCUGAAAAAAUGAAGUUAAUUAAUUAUUUACUUACUUACUUGAAGAAUCAUGUCAUUGACAUGUAUGUAUAUAGAUGCAUAAAGUUUACAUAUAAGUUAAUUAAAAGUGAUAAAACAAAUAGUCAUAGGAUUAAGUGUAAAUAAACAUAUUUUGCUAAGUUUCAGAAAAAAA